AUGUCCGUGACGCCGUACAAAAUCAACGUCCCCGAGGACAAGAUCACCCGGCUCAAGCAGAAACUGGCCGCUGCCGACCUGCCCGAUGAGCUCGAGGACGCCGGCUGGAAGCAGGGGUCUCCGCUGGCCGACGUCAAGCGCCUGGCCGAAUAUUGGCGCGACGAGUUCGACUGGCGCCAGGCCGAGGCCGAGCUCAACCAAAUGCCCCAGUUCAUGACGACGAUCCAAAUCGACGGCUUCGACCCCAUAGAUUUGCACUUCGUGCACGUAAAGAGCCGCGCGCCCAACGCGAUCCCCUUGCUGUUCUGCCACGGGUGGCCCGGCUCGUUCGACGAGGUCUCCAAGCUGCUGCCGCUGCUGGUGGAUGGAGCUGGCGACGACAAGCCUGCGUUUGACAUUGUUGCGCCGUCCCUGCCGAGCUAUGGCUUCUCGUCCGGGGUGAAAAAGAUGGGCUUUAGCUCGGCCGAGAUCGCCAGGGUCUUCAACAAGCUCAUGACCGAGGUGCUAGGCUACCAGGAGUACGUGACCCAGGGUGGCGAUAUCGGGUACAGCGUCACCAGGUGCCUGGGAUAUCUCUUCCCCGAGCACUGCAAGGCGAGCCAUUACAACGUGAGCAACCCGAAACCGCCCAGCGAGACGUAUUUCCCGGAGCUGUACAAGGAAUACCAAGCCACGCCACGGACGCAGGCGGAACUCGACGGCUUUGCACGCACCGAGUGGUUCAACAGGGAGGGUUCAGGCUACAUGAAGGAGCACAUGACCAAGCCCCAGACCAUCGGCUACGCUCUGACCGACUCGCCCGUUGCACUGCUGGCCUGGAUAUACGAAAAGCUCCACGACUGGACCGACAGCUACCCGUUCACCGACUACGAGGUGUGCAAGUGGAUCAGCAUCUACUGGUUCAGCAGGGCAGGCCCGGCGGAGUCGCUGCGGAUUUACUACGAACUGAUGCACGACGCCCGACCCGUGAGUUCCACCACGGUCGGCACCGCCACUUAUCUCAAGGGCGUCAAGCUAGGGUUCGGCUUGUUCCCCAAGGAUCUGUUCGUCUUUCCCCUGCUUUGGAACAAGACCCUUGGCGACGUGGUGCUAAACAAGAUGCACUCUUCUGGCGGCCACUUUGCGGCUUUUGAGAGGCCGCAGGACAUUGCUAAUGACUUGCACGAGAUGUUUGGCCGAGGUGGCGGCGCUUAUGGAGUGGUUAAUGGCAGGACAGGAUACGCUUGA